AUGGAUGGUCACAGUCUCUGCAACCAAACAAGCGCGCGCUAUGAGUCUCACGUGGAUACGGUGUUUCUCCUGUUCAACUGCACGGUCUUAACUUUAACAUUAGUCUUGGGUUUACCCGGGAACCUGUGGGUCUGUUGGGUUGUUUACAGAACCAAGAGCCUGCAGACCUGCAAUAACGCGCUGCUGGUCAGCUUGGCCGCAAGUGACCUCCUGAAGUGCGCCGUGGACACGCCGCUGCUGCUCUUCUCUUUCCUGCGCUACGGGAAGGACAGCCAGGUGUCGGUGUCCGUGUGCACCCUGCAGCAGUUCACCUUUGCCCUGUGCAGCUGUGUCCAGCUGCUCACGCUGGUCAGCAUCAGCGUGGAGCGCUUCCAAGCCAUCGCCUUCCCCUUCCAAACCGAGAGGAGGAGAGCCAGGGUCCGUCUCUGGAUCCUGUCCAUCUGGGCAUGCGGCCUCAUCUUGGCUGUAAUCUCUCUGACUCUUUCCGAGAAAGCGCUUUUUUACAUGCUCUGUCGCCCGCACAUCGGGGGCCACGGCGAGGAGCGUCUUCGGUAUUCGGAUCCAUUUGGACCCUACGUGCUGGUGCCGGUGUGGGGAUUGUCUCUGACUUUAAUCGUGAUCCACUACGUGCGGAUUUUCAAAGUUGUAAGGCAGCACAGAAAGAAAGUGUUCUCCCGGGGAAUCCAGCUGAGGCCGACGGUGUCGGAGCACGUCUGGGGACAAUUGAGUGUCCCAGCCUCUGAGCCACGAACAGCUCAGCAGGGCUCCUUCAAGUCUCUGCCCCCUGUAGGCUCGGUUAGCCCGCUGCCUCCCCGCCGAACGGUGCUCCUGGUGGCCGAGGCCGGUGCUCCCUGUGCGGGCGCAUCCACAGGAGUCGCCCCGGGGAGACCUCCGGAGAUCGUCGGGGCAGUGUGUCUCCUGACACCUGGGGCCAGAGAGCGGGGGAAGAAGCAGAUGGAGGGGAAACUGGCUCAGCGUUUUGGGUACAUAAUCAUAGCGUUCACGCUUUUCUGGGUGCCCAUGGUGGUUAUUUUGCUAGUGAAUGUCAUCACUUGGCAGGACACGGACAGAUUGCUGAUGGAGCUGGAGACGUCAGCCAUGGUGCUGACCUGUAUGCAGGCUGCGGUGGAUCCGCUCAUCUACACUUUGGUCACCAGACAGUUUCGCUCUGAACUCAGCAAGAUCCUCUCCUCCAUCCCAGGAUGUCCGCUAAAACUCAGAGCCUGA